AUGGCUGAUUCUUGCGAAUAUCGUAUCUUCAACAGCCCUAGUGGCGAGUUCCAUCCGCCAAUACCGUUCUUCAAGUUCAUUCCAGAGGUCGCGAGAUAUUUCGAGUCCCGCAACAUGAAUGCUGAUGUGGGGGGACAGGUAACGGAAGAUAGUAUGGUAGGCCUCGGCUUCGCGGCGCGACCAUUCACGGUGGCGCUCGAACGCCUGGACCUCCAAUUCGAGGCGCGCUUCGACGGCUCGCUGCCUGACCGCCCCGCUGAGACAGUCGGGACGUUGGAGAUCGCCCGACACGACAUCCCAGACCUCGCUUUUAGGUAG